AUGCCUCCCAGAUUACAGAGCCUGCAACGGCUAGGCACCGUUAGCCUGUGCCUGCGCCCAGCUGUGAGGCCAGCAACCCCAAGCUUCCUCCCCGUCGUCCAAACCGCAAACCUCUCACUGAGGGAGCGGAAGCGCAAGGCGAAGUCAGACCCGUACCGAUACCAGCAGGCGCAGCAGCGCAAGGCCGCCAACGUGAAGAGGCAGGCUGAGAUCCAGGCGGAGAAGGACGCGAACUGGGGCGACCCGAUCCACGGCAUCCCAUCUCCCUUUGUCGAAUCGUUCGACUCGGCCGGCCAAGCGCCCAAGACACCCGAUAUCAAGGACGGAAAGGGCAAAAUCAUCGCCGAAGGCCAUGCGCUUCCGACAACACCGGGACUCCUCAACCACCUGGUCACCCGCGACGAACUGGAACAAGUGAUACAGAAGGCGUACACCCUCACGAAGCCGUUGAAGAGCGACAACCCCGAGACAGCAGACCCCGUCAAAGAGCAACAGGCGGAGCAGGAGCACGAGAAGAACCAUGCCAAGGUGGUGGAGAUUCUGAACCGCAUUCUCUCUCUGGAGAACGCCAACUCCAAGAUCCUUCUGCACAGUAACAUCAAGAGAUGCGUGGAAGAGUUUGGACGUCACAACACCGACAAGGUCCUGAGACAGAAGCCAAAGUCGGCCCUCGCCGACCCCAACGCUCCCCCGAAGCCCGAGAGAGCCGGGCCCGACACGGGAAGCUCAGAGGUGCAGAUUGCGAUCCUGACGGCCAAGAUCAGGAAGCUGGCCAAGGAGCUGGGCCAGAACCGCGGAUACAAGGACAAGCACAACAAGAGGAAUUUGAGAGUGCUGUGCCACCGAAGGCAGAGGUUGAUGAGGUACAUGGAGAAGAAGGAGAGAGGCAGUGAGAGGUGGACAAGCAUGCUGGAGAAGCUGGGUCUGUCACCAGCAACCUGGCAGGAGCAGAUCAGCUUCUAG